AUGGCCGUAUUGAUGCAACAUCCCUGUUAUUCACUGGUUACUGCUCGCUUCAUUCUUUCUCGGAUCGCAGGAUCAAUGGCCAACUAACGCUCGCAGAAACACUACAGUUUCUAGAGAUUUAAAGGAUUUAAAGUGAGCCGUUUGUGACACCUGUCAGAGAUGCCGGGCCUCAGCUGUAGGUUUUACCAGCACCGUUUCCCGGAGGUGGAGGAUGUGGUGAUGGUGAAUGUGCGCUCCAUCGCUGAGAUGGGCGCAUAUGUCAGUCUGCUGGAGUAUAACAACAUCGAGGGCAUGAUCCUGCUGAGCGAGCUGUCGCGCAGGCGCAUCCGCUCCAUCAACAAACUCAUCCGCAUCGGCCGCAAUGAAUGCGUGGUGGUCAUCAGAGUGGACAAAGAGAAGGGAUACAUAGAUUUGUCCAAGAGAAGAGUGUCUCCGGAAGAAGCCAUCAAGUGUGAAGAUAAAUUCACCAAAUCUAAAACCGUGUACAGUAUUCUACGGCAUGUCGCUGAAGUGUUGGAGUACACUAAGGACGAGCAGUUGGAGAGUUUGUUCCAGCGCACCGCAUGGGUGUUUGACGAGAAAUACAAGAAACCUGGAUACGGCGCCUAUGACGUCUUCAAACAAGCCGUGUCUGAUCCCGCCAUCCUGGAUGGUUUGGAUCUGAAUGAGGAAGAGAGAAACGUGCUCAUUGACAACAUCAACAGACGACUCACUCCACAGGCUGUCAAAAUAAGAGCUGACAUUGAGGUGGCGUGUUAUGGAUAUGAAGGCAUUGAUGCUGUUAAAGACGCUCUGAGGGCGGGACUUAACUGCUCCACAGAAGCCAUGCCUAUCAAGAUAAAUCUGAUCGCACCACCACGGUAUGUCAUGACCACCACGACUCUGGAGCGCACAGAGGGUCUGUCGGUGCUCAACCAGGCCAUGACUGCCAUAAAGGAGCGGAUUGAGGAGAAACGAGGAGUCUUCAAUGUCCAGAUGGAGCCCAAAGUGGUCACAGACACAGAUGAAACAGAACUGCAGCGGCAGCUGGAGCGUUUGGAGCGAGAGAACGCAGAGGUGGACGGUGACGACGACGCGGAGGAAAUGGAAGCCAAAACAGAGGACUAGAUGAAAAAACGCACUGGGCGUGAAAACCAACAACUCCUUCAGUGCAGAAAUGGUCUCAAAUACUGUUUUUGCAUGGUAGCGGCCAAUCAGUGACAUUGCAGCAAAUUAACAUUUACACAAGUGAAAACAUUAUAAAGCAGUGAAAACCUGAUUUUUGUUUUUAACCGGUGGCCUUUUAAACAUUUUAACCCAUCACAACUAUUUCAGCUGAUUCAACCAUGCAGAGUGAAAGCUUUUGAUUUUGCAUUUGUAAUUUUCAGUGAAUUAAAAUGUUUCUCGCUCUACUUCAAUCUCAGUAAAAUUCUGGAAAGUUGUUGGAA